AAAAAACAACAACCAAUAGUUUCACUGCAAUCAACCCACACAUCGUUGGUUAUCAGCUUUCGUGUCCCUGACUUGUAUAAAGGCAAGAGGACACCUAGCCCUUUCCCCCUUUUCUACCUUUGUCUAAAGUCCAUCCAGCGGCGUCACCAGCUUGCCAACAUGCCUGUAGACUUCAGUGGGAAAUGGGUUCUGGAAACCAAUGACAAAUUUGAGGAAUACUUGAAAGUGCUAAAUGUUGACUUUGCAACAAGGAAAAUCGCCAUCUCUUUGUCUCAGACUAAAGUUGUUUGCCAAGAUGGAGACAAGUUUGACUUCAAAACGCUCAGCACGUUUAGGAAUUAUGAGCUCGCCUUCACUGUAGACGUAGAGUUUGAUGAGCACACCAAAGGGCUGGACAACAGACAUGUCAAGAGUUUGGUUAAGUGGGAGGGGGACAAGCUGGUGUGCACUCAGAAAGGUGAGAAGGCCAACCGUGGCUGGAAACACUGGAUUGAAGGAAACAAACUUUACCUGGAGCUGACAUGUGAAGAUGUAGUUUGCCUUCAAGUAUUCAGCAGGAAAGAAUGACAUGUCUUUGUUUUUAUUUACCUUGCUUACAUGUAAGAGAUUACAUGUGAACAGACCGAAAUAAUAAAGGAGCUCUAAGAAUA